AUGGGGUGUAUGGACCCAACAAUUGAAAAGACGGGAGGUGUGACCCACAAGUCGGACAUCUACUCAUUCGGUGUUGUUUUAUUUGAAAUAUUGUGUGAGAGGAAAGCAUUAAUUCAGAACGAGGUUGAUAGGUCUCUAGCUCAGAUGGCCAAGUAUGGUUAUGAAAACGGAACAUUGUAUGAUAUAAUCCAUCCUCAUCUAUUAAAUCAAAUAUUGUCUCCGCAAUCACUCCUCAUAUACUCAAAGGUAGCAUAUUCUUGCUUAAAUGAUGAUCGAGCACACCGCCCAGAUACGCACUAUAUUGUGGCAAAACUUGAGAAAGCAUUGGAACUUCAGUUGCGUCAUGAAAAUAUUUAUCUUUAUUUUCUAUUCUACUUGAAAGAAAGGAAGUUUGGACACUUGAAGAUUCGUCUUGGUGAUAUUAAAUUAGCAACAAAUAAUUUCUCAAAGACAUACGGAAUUGCAUCUGUGGCUAGCGAAUGUACUUUGUACAGAGCAGAACUCCACUGUUUUGAUAAAAAAAAUCCUUCAUCUGAAAAGGGGAAGAACAUAGGAGAACAUCCCAAGGCACACAACAUUGUGGUUAUAAAACGGUACACCUCUGGAAAUAAGUGGUAUGGAGAAAAAGAGCUUUAUACCGAAAUUGAGAUGCUUUCGAGUGUUGAGCAUCCGAACAUAGUCACUUUAAUUGGAUUCUGUAUUGAAGAUUCUGAGAUGAUCCUUGUCACUGAUAAUGUGUCUAAUGGAUACCUUCGGAAUUAUUUGAGAAACGACAAUGAUAUGCGUUUUUUGACAUGGGAGAAGCGUUUGAAAAUCUGCAUGGAUGUUGCGAACGCAUUGGAGCACCUUCACUCUGAAAUGGAAGACCAAAAGAUGAUAAUACACCGUGAUAUAUGUAGCUACAACAUUGGGUUGGACCAGAACUGGAGGGCAAAGAUUGAUGGGUUUGGAAACUGUGUAUUCUUACCGCCAAAUCAAGAAGACGAAGCUGUCUAUAUCAACUUGCGUGGCAGACCGGUCUACAUAGAUCCAGAGUAUGAGAAGACUUAUAAGUUAAAAAGAGAAUCAGAUGUAUAUAGUUUUGGAAUAGUUUUGCUUGAAAUUCUAUGUGGGAGGGCAGUCAAUGACCCAAUUUACUUGAAGGAGAGUCACAAAGGGUUGGGCCGUGUGGCAAGACAAAGCUUCUGCACAGGAACUCUAGAGGACAUAAUAGAUCCUAUACUAAAGGAAGAAACAAGUGAAUACAAUUUUGUCCUAAAGAGAGGACCCAACAAGGAGUCUUUACACACAUUCAUGAAAAUUGCAUAUCAAUGUUUGGCAGAAACUCAAGAUCAACGUCCGACAAUGAAAGUCGUUGUCAAGGAACUUGAGAAAGCAUUAUCAUUUCAAUUGAAUUCAGAGGUAAAAUCUGAUUAUGUGGAGGAGAAGAGUCAUGCUUCCGUAAUUGAGACACAAGUAGUUGAGCUUUUCAAUGAAGUGAACAGUAUGAACAUGACUGACAAAUCUGAAAAUUUUGAAAUUCAUAACAAGGAAAAUAUGUUACAUGACCAAACGGAUGACCCAGCUGAACCUGAUUGUUGAAAGUCAGACUCUCAGGAAGGCUGCUACAGGUUCUUGGCCAAAUAUGUCAGAAACAAGUGCACA